UCCAACCUUAAAGAGAUAUGAGCCAUAAGGCCCUCAUAGAAUUCUUGCUGAUAGACUGAAUAAAUUGCAUCGCUGCUUGCCCACCAUAACAUAACAUGCGCUAGGAGGAGAUAAAAUGAGGUCUCUCUCACUCCCACUCUCAGUCCCGGAUGAUGUUGCCCUCAAAAUUGCUUCAUUACUGCAGGUGCCGGAUCUGUGUGCGUUGGCCAGUUGUUCUCGGUUUUGGAGGGAGAUAUGUGGGUCGGAUUGCAUAUGGGAGCCUCUGGGGUGGCGGCCCUUUUACAUCGAGGUGCACCAUAAGAUGGCAGCUGAAGCUACGUCAGUGGUUCAGUUUGUGAAACAAUGCCGGUCAUCUGAAUCCCUUGAGGUUGAUGAGUAUCUGGGAGCAAUUGAAUUAUUGCAUGCCAUGCGUUUUGGACUUGAGGAUGUAGAAAUGUUUCUUUUCAAACCUGAGCAUACUGUGCUGCUUAACAUGAUUGGUUUGCACUACUGCAUGGAUUGUCUUGGAGUGCCGGUAUAUACUCUUCUUAACACUCUCUCUACUGAUUACUUGGUUUGCGAAUCUAUGUUUCAAAUUGCUUAUUUUUCUUCGAAUGGUAUGUAUGCUUUGUCAUAGCUUUAUAGGAACUUCAAUCUUUUCAGAAUGACAGAUUGUCUCACUUUGUUUGCUCAAACUUGAUUUAACUUGCGAAAUGUGCUUCAUUUCUCGAAUUUACGAAAAUGGAAAUUAAUGGAAAAUCGGUCAAUCGAUUCUGAAGAUAUCAUCUACCAUAGAAAAUACCAGUGUAUAUGUUAUUAUGUUAGAAUUCUGUUAAGGUUGUUAGCAAAUGGAUACAAUAGUUAGCAGUCUCAUUUAGAUUGGCUUAUCUGGCUGUGUAUAAAGGAAACGUCUCAAGUUCAGAAACAAAAAUGCACUUUGGAUGAUACAAUGUGCUCUCCUCUGUUCCUUACAUCAUGUUUUCUGCUUCUUCUUUUUCUGUGUUUGGAGUUCUUGAUUUCCCUUACCCUUGCACAUUCUGCAAACCUGCACGUAUACAAUUUUUAGUUUCUCAUUCGGAAUUUAAACUUCAACCUUCCUCUGGAAGCCAGAGUGCAGAAACCACCCGGUAACAUGUUUGUCCAAAGAUUUGAAAGCUAAGAGUUCUAUGUUUGUUUCAUUUCAUGUAUUACCUUGUGCCCCUAUCCCUGAGAAGGCAUACUGUUUGUAUUGUGCGGCUGGCUCAACCUUUAGAUCUGCAUUUUGGAAAUUAAAAAAAAUCAGAAAUGUCAAAUUAUAACAUUGUGGACUUAGAUACCUUUAAGUAUAUAAUUGGCAGGCCAUAUGUGUCUUGGAAGCACUUUACAGGAGCAAGAUAUCAGAGCGUCGAGUUUGUGUUGAAUGGUUUGAGCUUGGCCAUAGCAGUCCAUACCCAUAUCAAAACUUCUACAUACCGGAUGAGUCACAUUUUCAUUACCUGUCUUUGGAAGACCUUGCAAUGUACAAAGGAGAGGAGGUUCUAAGGUUGAUUCAUGAAGGCGCCAGUGAUUGGCGCAUAGCACGUGUCAAGAUCACCAUAGCAGAUCCAUGAAGUUUUCUAGAAAAUGCCUCCUGAGAUUGUAUAUAAUGUUAGCCGUACGUAGAAAAAGACUGGUUUAUCACAUUGGUUUUGUGAGAAUUACGGUCGGACCAAAAGGUUCUGAACAUCACAUUAAUCUUUAACGUCUAUGAAGAACGUUGGCCUCCGGUCUCAAGGCCUUGUUGCCUUGUUGCCGGCAUCCUCUAUUUGUAAGUUUUCAAUUUUGUAAAGCAAAUUUAGAAGUUGAAGUAAAACCAUUGUUUUCAGGCAAAGAAAAAGGUAAAACCAUUAUUUUCUGCUUUAAAAAAAAAAUGGAGAACUCAAGACUUUUGAGCCCAAUGGGUAUUCCCUAAUGAGCUCAGAACCAAAAAAAGACAGAUAAUCUUGUAAAAAGAUAUUGAUAUGUUUUGAUGUAGAGUAUUAUGAUUGUAGGCCUCCUUCGUUUUGUUGAUGUCGAGCGUUAGAAAGAAAAAAGACUGCUUUGGUUUAUCAUCUUUCAAAUUUAUUUAUUUAUCUCUAUUUUUCAUCUUUCAAUUUUUGUAAGAAAAUUUAGAAGCUCAAAUAAAAGUUACAAUUAUUUUUAGGCAAAGAAUAAGGUAAACCCACAAUCCUGUUUUUCGGUUUACCUUUUAUAUAUUCUCUCAUCUUCUUUCAUUUCUCUCUCAUUUCUUCUCUGCAUCCUUCUUCCCACCCAGCUAAUCGUAAAAAAUGAACUUUUUCCUUCAUUUAUCUUCAAACUACAUAUCAUAGAUUCUCUCAUGUCGUUUCGUGCCCGAGAAGGAAGCCCAGAACGUCGUCUUACUGCUGGGGCACAAAUUCAUCUCGUCGAGUAGAAUUCGGUAUGCCUAAAUCGUGUCGUUUUGGUUUCUGAAACGCGAGUUUACGCGUCGUUUCUUGAAGGUUACUCCAAUGACAACGAGGUGGAAAGAGGAAAAGGCGGAAAGUCCCCGAACUCUGAAGUCAAAUGCAUUCUCAUUUCAAAGUCGCAAGCAAAGCAAAAUGAGCCCUCUCCCAGUUCCGGAGGAUAUUGCCCUCCAAAUUGCUUCGUUCCUGCAGGUGCCGGACCUUUGUUCGUUGGCCAGUUGUUCCCGGUUAUGGAGGGAGCUGUGUGGGUCGGAUUGCAUAUGGGAGUCUCUGGUUCGAGACAGAUGGCCUUCUCUUGAAUUGUCCGAUGGGCCUUCUUCUUCCUCUGCAAUCAAAAAACCCUUGUCCAUGGGAUGGAGGUGCUUUUACAUGGAGUUGCACAAUGAGAAGGCUGCUCGUGCUACCUCGGUGGUUCAGUUUGUGGAAACAUGCUCAUCAUCUGUAUCCCUUGAGGGUGGGGAGUAUCAGAAGGCAAUGCAAGAUUUGCACGCACUGCAAUUUGGAUAUCAGGAUGUACAAAUGUUUCUUUUCAAACCAGAGCUUACUGUGCUGGUUAACCUACUUGGUUUGCACUACUGCAUGAAUUGGCUUGGAGUGCCGGCCAACUGUGUCCUGAAAGCACUCGAGAGUAGGAAGAUAUCAGAGCGGCAAGUUUGUGUUAAAUGGUGGAAGCUUGGGAGAUGGUCUCACGGCUUCCGAAUGCGGGAUGAAUUACUUUCUCGUCGGUUCACUCUGAUAGAUGUUGGUUUGGCCAAACAAGAGGAGGUUCUUGCGGUGCUUUAUCGAGGUGCUAUUCAUGAAGUCUUACGAGUUCAGAUCUGUGUUGCUGAUCCCUCAAGCCCAUCUUGGUCGUGCCAAAGCGCAGACAGAAGGGUUUAGUGGAUCGGGCAGGGAACUUGUACGUUUAUAUAUUUACUUGUACAUGUUGUGUGUAUUCGUUAACUUUCUUCUGGUAAUCGGUGUGUGUAUAAUAUAUUGUGACUUUGACAUAGGCAAAUCUGUAUAUUAUUCGAUGUAUAUGCUGUGAAUGCACAAUUGUAGAGCGAGCUCUCUAAAUUAAGCUGUGGAUGCUUGAUGUAUAUAAAAGUCUCUUCUUA